AUGCAGUUCUUCGCGACAUCUAAGGACAGUCUGGUUGCGGCUGCGUUGGAGGCCUCUAUGCGCUCGGUCAGACUGUGCAACGCAAAUGCCAAUACCUUCAAUAUAGACGAACACCAGCGUUGGUGUGCCGACAGUGUGAAAGACCGUGUGGUGCUGAAGGUGAGUGCGCCUGAAGCUCGAGGCUCGUAUCUCCAGAAACACACGACGUAUCUUGUGACUCAAGAGUCUCACCAAGAGGGCGUCCGUCGUCGCUUCCGGGACUUUGAGUGGCUUCACGUGGUGUUGCGUACUCGCUAUGUGGGUCUCUUAAUACCGCCCCUUCCAGAGAAGACGACAACGGCAGCCGUACUCAAGACCAAUGCGUUCAUGCAGAGUCGCAUGCGCGGACUGCAGCGCUUUCUGAACGGUAUCAUGCAGUCUCCGUAUCUGCGCUCGGACGCAGCGGUUGCGAGUUUCUUGAGUGAACCAGGCGACGAAGCGACUUGGGAGACGAUGAAGAAGAGUACAGCGGUGAUGGACAAUGCCGGAGAAGGCCACAUGCGCUGGCUGCAGCGUAUUAUGUGCGAGCAUAUCGCCAGCUCGCCGGAAAAUGAGAUUUCAGUGUUUAAGAGGCACGUUGAGCAGCGCGAGCGGCUGCUGAAUGAGCUCGCUGCUUGUGCCAAACGACUGGCGGAUAGGAGCGCUGCUAUGGCCAUGGAUGUGAGCACAUUGCAUGCUCUCUUCGCGGGUUGGCAAUUGGCUGAGACUGGCGCAGAGACGCGGAAUGAUGGCCCACUCGUAGCUCUGCUCGAUAAGUCCACGGCGACAAUCAGCGGAUGGAGCCAAGUCGAGUGCUUCCAGCCUGCGAUAUACGAGCUUUUGCUACUUGAAAACAUUAAGUACAUGCUCAGCCAAGCGACAGCAAUGAAGCAGAUGCUGAUGGAGCGAGAACGCGCCGUAGCGGGUGAGUCGUCGCCUUCUCCACCGCAAACGGUAUCUCCAUCAUCUCCACCGACGUCCGGCUUCUCCGUGGCGUCGUUCACGUCUGCAGCGUCGAGAUUCAUGAGCGCAGUGGAGCCACCGUCUCUAAGUAUUGAAGAGCAGCAACGUCGUGCACACCACAUCAGCGAGCUCAUUACACGAGCUUUAAUGGCCGAAGAGAUGCAGCGUUUCCGAGUUGAGACGACGAAGGAACUGGAAAACAUCAUGAACCAUUUCUCCUGCGCUGAGGCGCAGCUAUCGAAACGAUCGGGUUCUGUGUGGCGCGAAUACCUUAAAACGACUCCAACUGACCCUCAAGCGCUGGCUCAAAGCACAAAGGAACUGCUCGACUCAGCUUCGACAACGUGCAUUCCGUCAUCACCUUCCGCUGCCGAGGCGUUUUGA